CCAACUUUUAGGUCAGCAUGCGCAAUAGCAAAUGGAAAAUGCAGCGUCUGAGCUGACAGCUCCUCGUGCCCUUAGGGAUAGCGAUGUGGUAGCCGGACUUCAUUUCCAAAGGGACUGCAGCAAGCCAACUAGGACUCAAAGCAGCUGGAACCGACGAUGAGGGGCUCAGCAGGCUUCCUCCUUUGCUCGCUGCUGCUGUUGGCCCCCCGUUGCACAGAGGUGGCUGCCCAGGAUAUCCAGCCCGACCCCAAAACACCGUGUGCCAAUUGGAUGGGAGGAGCGCCUGGCUACCCUGGCCACAACGGACUCCCUGGACGGGAUGGAAAAGACGGAAAAGAUGGAGCAAAAGGAGAGAAAGGAGAGGAAGGUCUGCAAGGCCCCAAAGGUGACCAAGGCGAAAUAGGAGCUCCAGGGCAGGAAGGACCGAGAGGAUUUCCCGGAUACCCAGGGCAAAAGGGGGAGAAGGGCGAAGGUGCCUUCGUCUACCGCUCUGCCUUCAGCGUGGGGCUGAAGGAGCGAGCCCCCCACCCCAACGUCCCCAUCCGCUUCAGCAAGAUCUUCUACAACGAGCAGAGCCACUACGAUGCCAGCACCGGCAAGUUCCUCUGCAGCAUCCCUGGCACAUACUACUUCGCCUACCAUCUGACAGUCUACCUGACGGAUGUCAAGGUCAGCCUCUACAAGAAGGAUAAGGCGGUGAUCUUCACCUACGAUCAGUUCCAGACAAACAACGUUGACCAAGCGAGCGGCUCUGUCUUGCUGCACCUCAGCUCUGGGGACGAGGUGUGGCUUCAGGUGUAUGGGGAGGGGGACAACAAUGGUGUCUACGCCGACAACAUCAAUGAUUCCACUUUCAUGGGCUUCCUCCUGUACCCAGACCCAGAAGUCCAUUAAAGCGGGGGGUGCUACAUGGGAGGGGAGGCGGUGGCUUGACCCCAGGUGGCGUCCUGGGGCACUGGCACUGUAGCUAUACUCUAUUUACCUUUUGCGGGGGCAAUGAUUGCCAAGGGUGGACCCUAUUCUCCUGUGAAAUCAGCGAGGUUAUACACGAGUGACUUCUGUGGGACCAAGAGUUCACUCCUGCCUCUGCUCUUGCCCUCCUUGUGGAAACCUAGGCCCAGAGUCAAAUACCACUCCUGCCACAUCAUGAAAGAGUAAUGCACAAGACGGGCUGACCUUUUCUUAAAUGUAAAACUGAUAAGAGAAAAAUUGGUUAUAUUUAAAUAUUAUAUUGCAAAUUUGCCUUUCUUAACCACCUAAAUUCAUUUAAAACAAGGGUAUGUGUUUUAAAAUUUGAAUGGAAGAGGGAGAAGACUAUUCACAAAAGCCAUCUCUACCCUUGUUUUCACCUGGAACAGAUGACUCUGUUUUUUCCACUGUAACUCUCUCUCUUCUUAGGGCCUUUGACUUCCACCCAUGGUUUGUUGUCUCCCUUCUUUAGCCCAGGUCUUUGAAUAUAUUCAGAUUAUUAACUUUCAUUGAUUUUCCUUUUAUGUUUAUCCCCUAUCAUUAUCUCUAAUGCAGACAACGUGCUCAGUUAGGGCAGGGAUCUUCUCUUUUGAUUUAUCUGAAAAACCUUAGGAACGGUGGUGAGGCUGCACAACAGAAGCAGCCUGUUGACCGCAGGGCUGUGGGGAUCCUGGGGUGGUCACAGACAUGUUGGCUGCAGUUCAGAAUGCCAGCAUCUCCCCUGCAAACACCGUGUGUGAUCAGGGAACAGAAGGUCCCUAAAGACCCCUGGGCAGAGGGGACCUCGGGGUGGAGGUGUCGCUUCCCAAAUCGCUCACCUGGCACUGGAAGCGAUGGCUCAAGUAAUUGUUCAGCCACAGGCCGACAGCAUGGGGUAAACGAGCAGCACCUCACAGUUUCCACCUGCAAGCUGGCAGGGUCCUGGCCUGCCUCCCCUCCGGGGGGGUCCCAAGCACAGCCAGAAGUUGAGAGCUAGCAACCCUGUCUCUUCUUUCCCACACCAGAAGUGGGCCAUCGGCAACAGCUGGCACACCAGCUGGGCAGAGCUGCGGGUGGUGCAACCUCCCAUGUUGAGUGGGCUCCUGGGACACCCCCAGGACCCGCCCCAGCUCUCGACAAGGUUAGAUCAAUGAGGGAAGAGUAUCUAGGCUGAAAUUAGUAGCAAUCCCAUCAAACUGCUCUCCAAGGAGCUUGCUUGACUUUUAGCUAAAAGAGGAUUUGAUGGCUUCUCAGAUACGUUCAAAGAAGACUCCCAUUAAGCUUCAGAACAAGCUAACACAGAUCAGCACUAAUGCGUUAUUACAAGCAAAAAAACAGCACUAAGAGCUUCAACUGAAAUUACUUCCAACAGCGGCAGCUUCUACACUCCAGUGAAUUACCACAUCACAAAUAACACCAACAAUAAAAAACCUCAUUCAA